AUGUCUGAGGACGAUCAAAAUUCUAAGGAGAUUGUAACAUCAUAUGAUGAAAUACUGGAGAUCACAGGAUUGUUAGCUAUGCGUGAUAAUUCAAUGUCAUGUGUCACUGAAAAGAAAGAGACUCCUAAUUCAAUGGAUAAUAUCAAUAAUGGUGAUGUCAGUAAUGAUGAUAUUGUAUUACCAAUACAAAGUUGUACACAAUUACCACUUAGUCCUAGUCUGGUAUCCUUAGUUGAAGAUGGUGGUCCUAAUUGUCGAACAAUUUCAAUUGCUAAAACCAAAAAUAAUAACGUCGGUUUUACAUUUACAGAAAUAAAACAGGGAUUAUUUGUUUCUCAUGUAGACGAAAGAUCUUCUGCAAAGUUGAAUAAAGUACGUUUUGGUGAUAAGAUUCAAUGCAUAAAUGAUAUAGAAGUUACAUCUUAUACUCAAGCUAAACAACUUAUUGAAGAAACACAUCCAACUGUAAAUUUUUCUUUUAUCGACUGCCCUUAUAGAGAAGUUAAAACAAUUUAUAAAAUUCAUGGAAAAUGUGGUCUUUUCAUCAAUGAUGGUAUGAUUUUAGAUCGUACAAAAUAUUUCAGUGCAAAAAGUGAUAAAAUUCCAUUGAAUUAUUAUAUUACUGAAAUUGAUGAUCAUAGUACUGUUCGUUUAUUAGAUGAGAAAAUAGUUUUAUUAGUUGAACGUGCUAAUUCACCAUUCUCUCUUCAUAUUGUACCUCAAUGGUUUUAUGAAUAUCUUGUUUUUGGAUUAGAUCCAUCAGGAAAUGGACUUAAAAAAGGUAAACGAACACUUUUUAGCUGUUUCCAUAAAUCAUGA